GAGAGAGGAAGAGAGAAAGGAUUCCUGCUGUUAGGUGGCACUGUUGAUUGGAAGAACGAGGAGGAGUGUGCGUGUGAGAAAGAGCAACAUCAUCACCACGACACUGCUGUGAAAGCUGAGUCAUGUAAGGCUCGAGAGCGAGGGAACAGGAAAACGAAGGGAGAGAAAAGAGGGCACGGACAAAGAUAAUGUAACCAGAAGGAAGCAAGCAAGGAAACAGGGAGGGGUGGUGAACGAAGGGAACAAGAUCAGGUGAAGAAGAAGGGAACUAUGCAUGAUGGAGAUAAAGAUGGUGGGGAGAAGAGAGCAAGCGAUGAGCGACAAAUACAGUUUCAGGGGAGAGGAGUGCACUGGAGUCAAGGCAGAGCGAGAGAUGAAACGGAGCAGAGCGUCGGAAAACCUGCGUACACACGAGAUGGAGAGGGAGAGGGGGAGGAGUGAAGAGGAGAGGAGAAGGGAGGGGUGCUAGCUGCUAACGUGGCGGAGAAGGAGGAAGGAGGGAGAGAAGGGGGCUAUGCCAUCGGCGCAGAGCAACACUGGAGAUCAGCGCCAGACGCCAAACCCUCGGAGAGGCAGACGGAGCCCCUUUUCCCAUGAGAGGAGCAAGAGAAGGAGCAGAACAGGAAGCGAAGGAGGAAAAAUAAGGGGAGGGAAUUCCAUCCACGCCUUCUAUCCUCAGCACCUACUUGCUACUCACUGUGCUGUGCAGUCUACUGUUGCUUCACUGGACUCCCUUAGACAGCCCUAGCAUAGCAGAGCGUACGGUUCACACGAGAAGAGCAACUGUAAGGCUGUGUUUCUAUGUGGUGUCAGAGGAAGCUGUCAGCACUCGUCAUCAUUAAGGCUUCAUCCAAGGCAAGACCUGACGCAUCAUUAUUUCCUCUUCGAAGGCUUAUCCAUAGUGGAUAAGUCAUUAUUCUCCAGCUCAGUAGGACCAUCUCAAAGGAAGAUAGCAAGAGUUUGGGUUUGUUGUUGAUGACUGUAUUCACCACAUUAGUUUCUGGAGAAUGAAAGUGGACACCCACUGUUGGAUCUACCUUCUCCAAUCCUCAUUCCAGUACCCCACAUCUACAGCUACGCCAUAUAGAAACGAUCUACGAAGGUCUAGGUUUUUUUGAGUUCUUCAGUCCAUAAGGUUGCGAUUGGGCUUCUUCUCGGGAAAGGACUCUACGACGCUAGCCAUGACGCCCAUGCAAAAGCUCCUCCAGUUGCCGGUGAACGCGAUGAAUAUGGUGAAGACGGCGCAGGACCAGAUGGGGCAGCAGGAUGAGGCCAAAAGCCCUGUGAUGACCCCGGAUGGCGGAAACCAUAACUGGUACAACGGGGAGCCCAACGACCCGCGCCACAUCCGGUUUGGCAGCGGAGGUGGUGACCAGGAGGAGCGGGCCCACCUGGAGGAAGGGGGAGGCAGUUUAUCCAGCCUUGUGACCCAGCCUUUGCGACAUGAUGACUUGAAAGAGAUGCUGGACAGCAACAAAGACUCCCUGAAGCUGGAAGCUAUGAAGAGGAUUGUGGCUAUGAUCGCCAGAGGGAAGAAUGCCUCAGACCUCUUCCCAGCAGUGGUGAAGAAUGUGGCCUGCAAGAACAUCGAGGUGAAGAAGCUGGUCUAUGUGUACCUGGUGCGCUAUGCUGAGGAGCAGCAGGAUCUGGCUCUGCUCUCCAUUUCAACCUUUCAGAGAGGCCUGAAGGAUCCUAACCAGUUGAUCCGGGCCAGUGCUCUGCGUGUGCUCUCCAGCAUCAGAGUCACCAUUAUUGUCCCUAUCAUGAUGCUGGCCAUCAAAGAGGCUGCCUCCGAUAUGUCCCCCUACGUGAGGAAGACGGCCGCUCACGCCAUCCCCAAACUCUACAGCUUGGACCCAGAGCAGAAGGACUGUCUGAUUGAGGUCAUUGAGAAGCUCCUGGCUGAUAAAACCACACUAGUGGCAGGUAGUGUUGUCAUGGCCUUUGAGGAGGUGUGUCCUGAGCGCAUAGACCUGAUCCAUAAGAACUACCGUAAGCUGUGUAACCUGCUGAUCGACGUGGAGGAGUGGGGUCAGGUGGUCAUCAUCAACAUGCUCACUCGCUAUGCCCGGACGCAGUUCCUCAACCCCAACAUGAACGAAUCCCUGUUGGAGGAGGGGGGUGGAGAGAAGGCCUUCUAUGGCUCUGAUAAUGAUGAUGACACUGAUGAUGAGGAAGACAAAGAGGAGAAGGAGAAGAAGAAGACUGAGGCGACUGCCAUUGUCAAGAGGAAGCCUUACGUCAUGGACCCAGACCACCGGCUACUGCUGAGGAAUACCAAGCCCCUACUGCAGAGUCGAAACGCAGCAGUGGUGAUGGCUGUGGCUCAGCUAUAUUUCCACCUGGCACCCAAAGCGGAGGUAGGCGUCAUUGCCAAGGCUUUGGUGCGCCUCAUGAGGAGUCACAGUGAAGUGCAAUAUGUCGUCCUUCAGAAUGUGGCAACGAUGUCCAUCAAGAGAAGGGGGAUGUUUGAGCCCUAUCUGAAGAGCUUCUACAUCCGCUCCACAGACCCAACCCAGAUUAAAGUCCUCAAGCUGGAGGUUUUGACCAAUCUGGCCAACGAGACAAACAUAUCUACCAUCCUGAGAGAAUUCCAGACGUACAUUAAAAGCAAUGAUAAGGACUUUGUGGCAGCCACCAUCCAGGCCAUCGGCCGCUGUGCCACCAACAUUGGGGAGGUGAGGGACACCUGUCUCAACGGCCUGGUGCAGCUGCUCUCCAACCGCGAUGAGUUAGUAGUGGCCGAGUCGGUGGUGGUGAUUAAGAAGCUGCUGCAGAUGCAGCCCGAGCAGCACAGUGACAUCAUCAAGCACAUGGCCAAACUCACCGACAACAUCCAGGUGCCCAUGGCGCGGGCCAGUAUCCUGUGGCUGAUCGGGGAGUACUGUGAGCACGUUCCCAAGAUCGCUCCGGAUGUCCUGAGGAAGAUGGCCAAGACCUUCACCAACGAGGAAGACAUCGUCAAGCUGCAGAUCAUCAACCUGGCUGCCAAACUCUACCUCACCAACUCCAAACAGACAAAACUGCUCACUCAGUACGUGCUGAACCUGGCCAAGUACGACCAGAACUAUGACAUUCGCGACCGGGCGCGCUUCAUCCGCCAGCUCAUCGUGCCCACUGACAAGAGUGGUGCCCUCAGCAAGUAUGCCAAGAAGCUGUUCCUGGCCCUUAAGCCUGCGCCCGUCCUCGAGUCUCCAUUUAAAGAUCGAGACCACUUCCAGCUGGGCUCGUUGUCCCACCUACUGAAUGCCAAGGCCGGCGGCUACCAGGUGCUGCCCGACUGGCCCGAGGCCGCCCCAGACCCCUCUGUGCGCAACGUGGAGGUGAAGGAGUCUGUUAUUACGCUGCUUGAAAGAGUCACAACUUUAACCAGCGUGCCGGAGUGGACCAAGUGCAGCAGCCGUGAGAAAAGGAAAGAAAAGAAGGCGGACAAGCCGUUCUACUCUGACUCGGAGGGCGAGUCUGGCCCGACCGAGUCUGCUGACAGUGCCUCAGACACAGCCAGCGGCUCAGAGAGUGGCAGUGGCAGUGAGGAGAGCGGCUCGGGAUCCGAGAGUGAGGAGAGCAACGAGGAGUCUGAGUCUGCAAGCGAGGAGGACGAGGAGCAGGAGGGGAAGAAGAAAAAGAAGAAUGUGGAGAAGAUCAAAGCAAGGAAACCUGUUCCAGAAAGUGAAAGUGAGCAGAGCAGUGGAGAGGAUGAGAAGAAGAGCGAGAAGAAGAGCAAACCGCGGAUUGGUAGCACAGAGUCAGAAUCCGAGGAGGACGGCGAUAGUGAUUCAGAGAGCAGCGAGUCAGAGGAGGAGGAGUCAGAAGAGGAGUCAGAGGAGGAGACCAAGAAGAAAAAGAAGACCACAGCAUCUAAACCUCCAUCCAAACCACCCAAAAAAGAGAACAAGAAAGAAAAGAAAGAAAUGUCUCUGCUUGAUUUUGAUGACUUUGACCCCGCUCCAUCUCCGUCUCAAGUCACGCCCCUCAACAACUUCCUGUCCAGCAGCCUAGUGACAGAUCUGGAGGGCUUGUCCCUGACCGACAACGUUCUGUCCCCUACGACCAUCGUCCCAUCCGGCAACCUGAAGAGCUAUGAGCUGCUCCACCGUAUCACCGGCGAGGGCCUGUCAGUGGAGUACUGCUUCAGCCGCCAGCCGUUCAGCCCCGACCCACACAUGGUGGCAGUCAAAAUCCAGUUCACCAACAGCGCCACCACCGAGGCCAAGAGCCUGCACAUGGAGGACACCAAGUUGCAGUCAGGCAUGAGGAUCAAAGAGUUCCCUGAGAUUGAGGUGUUACCUGCGGGUGAGACUCUUAGCGUGGUGAUGGGCAUCGAUUUCUGUGAUUCCACACAGGCGGCCAACUUCCAGCUCUGCACUCACACCAGGAAGUUCUUUGUGUCGAUCCAGCCACCGGUUGGAGAGCUGAUGAUGCCAAUCUUUAUGACAGAAAAUGAGUUCAAAAAGGAGCAAGAGACGCUAUUACAAAGUCUAGGUCAGUUGAUGGGCAUGAAUGAGAUCACAGAGAAGCUGACCCUGGAGGAGAAGUGUCAGGGCGAGCAUGCUGUCGUUCAGAGGGUUACCACUGCCGCCAACCUCAGCCGAGUGCCCUGUGGCUCAGACAAGGAGUGCAGGUUCGCUGGGAAGACGGUGACCAGUGGCAGCCUUGUACUGGUCAGUGUGGUCACCAAAGAGGACGGGGCCGCCCAGCUGACGGUCAACUGUGAGAAAAUGGUGAUUGGCACGAUGCUGGUCAAGGACAUCCUUCAGGCCCUCACCCAGUGAUGACCCCUAACUCUUGACCCCUGACCCCAGCAAUUUCCUUCCUCUCCUACAGCUCAGUUCUGUCUCCCUUUGCUCACUCACAUACAUACAACCACACAUUCAUCCACUCCCAUUCCAAAUACCCCCAUACUUAGGGUCCUCUUUCUUUUCAUUAAGAUACUGGUAGUCUGAUAAGAAUAUGUAGAAGACAGGUUUGAUCCAUCGCUCAAUUGAUAUUCUGCAUGUAAUGCAGGUUUCAAACAAAUUAUGAUGAUUUUUUACUUAUACGAGAGACGCAAAUCUGGGGGAAAUAAUAGGCCCCACUUUGACUUUUAAAAUCACUUCCUAUGAACUGUCAUAACAAAUUACAGAAUGGCAUUACUGUACACGAUUUGUAAAGACAAUAAGUCAUUAAGAAUCAUCCCACUGAUCAAAUCAAAUCUGUGACGGCGUUGAAUCAACAUGGAAAACUGAUUGGAUUUGCAAAAAGUAAUCAACGUAAGGGAAUUUUGUUAUUUUUUUCACCCAACUUUUAACCUACAUUUGUUUGUUGAUUUCACAUUGAAUUCACGUUAACUCAAAAAUGUUUUAAUCAAAACUAGACAUUGAACUGAGGUCAGUGCCCGGUGGGAUUUUUAUCCUAACCUAAAAUCCUCCUUAUCAUUUGUCAUGACUGCUGUAAAGGUUUGACAUGCUCUCUUUAGCCAUAUCUACGAAUGGCUCAUGAUGUACAGUACAUUGUUGUCUGAACGAAAGACUGCGAGUCCUCACCUAUACUCUUGCUAUACUUGUUUCAGCCAAGCGCAAAUGUACUAUGUAGAAAACACCAUGCCUUUUUUAAAUGUAGCGUGGUACCAUUACACCAUUACCAACAUUACUUAGGUACAGUAACAGGGUAUAUCAUCAAGGAAAAAGUGGUCGCUCCUCAAUUUACUUUGGUCUGCUGAAUGUUCAAUGAAGUCCCCCUUUGAAUAGUGUGGUUCUCUAUUCUCAAUCUCUACCGCCUGGCCCGCUAAAUGUCAUACACAUAGAAUAGAUGUUAUUGAGUGGGACUCCUGCAGAUGAAAAUGAUAUACAGUAAAUGUGAUUGUAUGCAUUGCAAUAUUUAAUACAAAAAUGAGGGUCUGUGUUAGUGUGUGUCUGUGUCUGUGUGUAUGAAUGAUUUCCAAACAUGACAAUAUUAAAUCCUCAUGGCCCAAGGCAAACUGUUCUGUAAUCAGCAGCUGUCUGUGUUUUUCUGCCUUUCCAUUGACUUUUGCAUAUACUUACUGUAUUUCCAGUAUAGGUUAACCAUGCUAUAAUUAAAGGUGGUUUCUAUGAUGCUAUAAACCCACUGAUGUUGUCAUAAUGAGACCUACGGAAAUGGAAACGCGAUCCUAAGGAAACUGUGCUAUGCUGUUUUGGGCGCUAGGUAAAGGGCCUUGCUCUGUAUAGGGGAGACACCUGAUAUGAUAUAACCCAGCUGCAUAUCUGCGAGCUGCCUUCAUGAUAUAAGUGAAGUUAUUUAUUUAUUUCUUUAGAUUGUUUUUGCCAUAGGAACAUGUAAUUGUAUCGUCUCCCCAAAGGAGUUCAAUACAGCAAGCAUCAAUAACAGUUAUCAUAGAAAGUUGAAGAGUGAAAGAAAAGGGAAAAUGACAGCAGUUUUUUACUCCUUGAAAUUUGAAUUGUUUUAUUUGUUCAGUAUCGCACUGGUAAAUCUUUCAAGCUUGUGAACUUAAUUCACUGGUUUGUAGAGUCAUGACACAGUCAAAGAACAAAGGAGAAUUUAAGUUGAAUUUACAUGUAAUUUCAAAUUCAUUUUACUACUGGUAUGCAGACAAUUUGAGGACAUAAUUUGCUUAACUCAUACCAUUGACCACAUACCUUAUGAAAAGUACUGUUAAACGUGGCAGUGGUCUAUUAUUUCCUCCCCUAAAAUACAAAGCUAUAUAUAACUUUAAAAGGUUAAACCUUUCUCUCAAAAUGAAAACUUUGCAAUGAAUUUAAGAUAAUAGUGGAUGGAGCAAUCCUUUAAAGGGUAUUGUUAUUUUAAUGCACACUCGCUUUCUCUUUCUGAUGUCAUGAUUAUGGUCUACCAUAUCUUCUGUGUGGUUAUGAAAUAAUGUGGUGUUUAAGCUUUAUUUAUUAUUCAAAUGAAAAUAAUGAAAUAAAACGGAUGAAAUGUG